GGGUUUGACGGUUUUGAUCUGACGGAAAGGUUAUAUACAAACUGUUCUUUGAUGUGCAUCCCGUAAAACAUAUUUUUGGAAGUCCAUAACAAUAGCAAGAAAGAUCAAUUACCAUAGAUCAAUAUGUGGCACGAAGCGAGAAAGCAAGAGCGUCUUUUAAAGUCCAUGAUGGUAGAUCACAGAAGAAGGGCAGAAAGGCGUCGAGAAUAUUACGAAAAAACUAAAGGAGAUCCAGCUCAGUUCCUUCAAGUUCAUGGCCGGCCCAUGAAAAUCCAUGUUGAUCCUAGUAUUGCAGCUAUUGCAGACAGCCCUGCUACCAUGAUGCCAUGGCAAGGUCAGCCAGAUAUCUUGAUCGACCGGUUUGAUGUUAGAGCCCAUCUGGAUUUUAUCCCUUGCCGCCCAAAAAGAGAUGACAGUGACACAGAUCUUGGUCCCAGUGAAGAAGUGUGGGAAGAAAGACAAGCAAGCUAUGAGAGAUAUAGAAUUCUUGUGCAAAAUGAAUUUAUUGGAGUUUCAGAGGAAAAGUUUCUACAUCAAAUAUUGCUUGAAGAGCAAUUUGGACCAGUUCAAAAAUUAGGCGAAGAAGAAAAGAAAAAAAUGCUUGCUCCAAAGAAAGCUGCAAUAGGAUUUGUUUAUGAUGAUUCUUCGCCAUCAUUAUCGGCAGCUGCUGCUUCAACCUCGCAUAAUAUUCCUUUGGUUCCUCCAGAAGCAAUUGAAGAAGAUGAAUCCGAUAGUGACGUCGAUCUAGAUUUGUCUAUUGCCGUGGACAAACUGACCACUGAGCAAAUGCAUGAAGUCAAUAAGUGUGCGCUUCAUUAUGGAUUAGGACGGCAGGACUUCAUGUCACUACUCACUCGUGAUUUGGAUGAACAAGAAUCAUUACGAAUUGCCAAGGAGGAAGAACAGGAGCGAGCGAUGUAUUCCGGAAGAAAAGCUAGGAAAGAGCGGCGGGCGUUCAGAGAACAAAAACUGCAAGCGUUGCUAAUGAAUCGAUGUCUUAGUCCGCCAAGUUACGCUACUAGAGCAAGCCCAACUUAUGAUGGACAGUUUCGCCGUUCUAAAUCAGUGUCAAAGUCACGGUCGCCCUCACCAUUCGAAGGCGGAAUCAAAUUUAUCACAUCGUUUGGUGACGAAGAUUCAGAUCCUGGAGGAAAAACGAUAAAUUCUCGGUUUGCCAACAAAACCCGCGAUAAAGAUUUAUCAAGUAGCAGAAGAUCAUUAGGUUCCACAGCUUCCUCGGCUCGAGACAGAGGUGGCCGCCCUACAAGUAGUGGCCGUGAAGAAUCGAAAGUACAAGAAAGACGACGUUCUCGCUCGAGAUCGGUAGGCCGUCGCGCUAGGUCUCCUGUAUCCCACAGUUCGAGAGCAAAGAAAGAGAAAAAACCCGAAUAUAAUUAUAAAACAGAGCGCUCUGGAUCUCGCUCUCACAGAAGAUCACGCUCACCACGUCAUCGCCGCACUCGUUCGCGAUCAAGGUCUCGCCGUCGUUCCCGUCAUUCAAGAUCACGCUCUCGCUCUUAUUCUCCGCGAAGUAGCAGACGCCAAAGAAAGCGCUCAUUUUCACGAGAGCGCAGUCGGAGAAAAUCACCGUCAUCUUCCUCGAGGUCAUCCUCUUCGCGGUCGUCAUCGUCGCCUCCUUCAGUCCGAUCCACUUCACCCAUCCAACCAACUGUAUCGUCCGCCCUGCCAACUCGAGAAAUACGCCAAAUUAGUCCACCCGAGAUACCCAAUCCACCUCCUGCCCCUCCAUUUCGGCGUUAUUAUGGGCGCCAGAAAAGCGACUCUGAUUUAUCCCUUUCGGAUACGGAGCUGACGCCAUCAUCCAAGAUUUCAGCGUCCUCGUAUACAACGCCUAAGCCUUCUGUUUCCACCGUGACAGGUUCAAGUGGUAGAAGCACUGGUGCAACCAAAAAUACGCUGACGCCUCAAGAACGCUUAAAGCGCAAGAUGCAGGCAGCUCUCAACAAACAAUACAAGGCGGAUAAACGCGCAGAAAAGGAGAAACUACAAAAAGUGGAACAAGAAAGGGUGAAUCGAGAGGAAGAAAUGCGUGAAUUGGCACUCCGACUACGUCGCAAGGAGCGUAUGCGCCGCCAUGCUGCAAAAGGAGAAUCUGGUUCUUCUAGCCCAUCGUCUCGUUCACAGUCACGCUCACCAUCUCGUACGCCGUCGUAAGAGAUAGCACUCUUAUCCUGAACGGAUGCAGACCAACGUUGGACAAAUACAUCAUAAUUUUUCUUGAGUUUCAUAUGCAAUAAUCUGAUAAGGCACCUGAUGGGACCUUAGAAAAAUUUACCUAGGAACUCUAGUAUAAAGUCUAUUCGAUCAUUAAAGGCAAAUUUAUUGACAACGUAAUUCACAAAAUUCAACGUGCGAGCAUGAUUCAUCACAUAAAAUACAAUGGUUAAAUUUCA